AUGGCAUAUGUGCUUGCUCAUGAUGUUGUGCUUUAUAGGACAAAGGAUAUAAUUCUGGCACACUUGGUGUUUAGUUUCCAUGGUUGUUCCUUUAUCUGUUUCAUGAAAUUUAUAACUCCACAAGAUAAUAACAUACAGUUGAUUCAGGUGUGCACUCUGGAGUUUGCUCGCUCUGCACUACGCUUCUCUUUUCAUAGCAAAUGGAUGAGCGCUGUCUUCUUCCAUUUCACGGCUUUUAUUGGAUUCCUUGCCAUGGUGAAUUUUGAUCUGAUGAAGAACCUACCCAAUACUGCGGGUGAAGUGGCUGACAACAUCGCCGUCAUAGUGUGAAUGAUAAUAAUAGUGGUUUGUGUUUCUUUGUUUCAUAAAUAUAAUAGUUGUUUUUUGGGCUAUA